AUGGAAGAUGUAGAAUCUUUUCCACCUGGUUUAGAACCAUUGAAUGCGGAUAUUCCUGAAGGAAUGGAAGACAAAGAAGAAGAAGAAACAGAGGCAACAAAUGAAAAUAAUGAGACACAAGAAGAGGAGGAAGAAGAAGACAAUCCAUUUGCCGAUGAUGAUGAUUCAGAUGAAGAAGGUGGUGGAGUUCAAGUAACAAUCAGAAAAGUUGAACCUGUUGUUGUGAGUUUUUCAUUAUUUCUAUUUAUAUUUACAUUCAUCGAUUGAAAAAAAUAAUUUUGCAGAGAAUUGCACAACAACAAGGAAAACUGGAUAUCGAUGCAGCUCCGAUGCUAAAUGACAAAACCAUUUAUGACAUAGAUUUGGCUCAAAUGGAAGAUAAACCAUGGAGAAAACCUGGAGCUGAUAUCACAGAUUAUUUUAAUUAUGGGUUUACUGAAGAUACUUUUAAUAUUUAUUGUGAGCGUCAAAAGAAAUUGCGAUCCGAGUUUGGAAAUAAUCAACAAAAAGCCAAUCAAGCUUUAUUCAAUAAUAUUCAUUUAGUAAAUCCUCUUGCAAAUCCUGUUAUUGCUCCUAGUAAGUGUUAUUUAUUUAGAUACAUAGAAUAAUUUGUUUUUUCAGUGUCUGCGAGCGUUGUGAAAGUUUUAACUGACAAUGGUGGUCGCUUCAAGCCUACAACAUUCCCUCAACCAAAUCAAAAUAUGUUGAAUAAUGAUCCUCCAGUUAUGCGAACUGUUAUUGGUGGUCCACCAACACAAUCUGCUCCAGUAAUUGAUUUCUCUCGUCCACCUCCAGGAAUGUCAAUGCCACCUCCAAAUAUGGAUGCUCCACCUGGAAUUGAUUCUGAUCGACCACCAGGUGUUUUAACACCUCCAUCAGCAACUAAUCUAUCUGCGAUUCCUGCUUCACUCGAUUUAAAUCUUGGAAUGCCGCCACCUGGAAUGGUUGGCAGUUUCAAUCCAGCAAUGCCUCCACCAAUGGGUUUAAUGGGUGCACCAUUUGCAAUGGCGCCAUUUUCAAGAGCUGGUUUCGGACCUGGACCUGGUCCAAGUCCAAUUGCUACAAAUAGACCGAGUUAUAAUGAAGAUGAUGAUAGAAGACGGAAAAGAUCGAGAAGUCCGAGUAAAAAAGAGAGUAGUAGUAGUAGUAGAAGAAGAGAUCGAGAAAGAGAAUCAUCGAGAAGACAUCGAAGUAGAAGUAGAUCUACUGAAAGAAAAACAAGUAGUAGACAUCGAGAUGAUCGAGAUAGAAAAAGAGAUCGGAGAGAUGAUGAUGAAAGAUCAUCAAAGAAAAGGUUUCGUUAUUUUAUUUGUUUUGAUUUUUUCUUUAAUUUAGAUUUAAUUUCAGUCGAAGCAGUCGAAGAGAUGAUGACGACGAAAGACGGGAAAGAAAAUCGGAGAAAAGUAGUAGAUCUCGACAUAAUGAUGAAGAUAAUGUUGAAACACGGGAGCAAGAAGAAAUUGAAGAAGAACCACAACAAGAAUGA